AUGACGCUGUGGAAUGGCUCCUACCCCUUCUACCCCGGUGCCAAUGCCUGUUUCCCCUUUGACACCACCCGGGCUGUCAUCAUCACCGUCUUCCUCUCCAUGUUGGCCACUUUCAUCAUCAUCCUGCCAGGGAUCCGGGGCAGGGGGCGACUCUUCUGGUUCCUGCGGCUGGUGAUGGGACUCUUCGUGGGGGCCGUGCUCCUCACCCUACAGUUCACCAGGGACUGGGAGACUGGCUGGGUGCAGGCAAACACCUCCUACAAGUCCUUCAGCCGUGCUGUGGUGAAUGUGGACAUCGGGCUGCACAUCGGCCUGGAGGGGGUGAACAUCACACUCAAGGGAAACCCAGUGAACCAGAUCAAUGAGACCAUCAACUACAACGAAUACUUUUCCUGGAGCUUCGGUUCAAACUAUGACCACAGCUACAGAGAGGGGCUGGAGAAGGGGCUGCCCAGCCCCAUCCUCUAUGUGGCAGAGAAGUUCACCUCGCAGAGCCCCUGCGCUGUGCACAGGCAGUAUCGCAUCUCUGGCCACUACGCCUCGGCCACGCUCUGGUUGGCCUUCUGCACGUGGCUCAUUUCCAUCUUGCUGUUCUCCAUGUCCAUCCUGCUCCAUGGUGGUUACAUGCUUUUUCUCACUGCCACGGUGAUCCUCUUCUCACUGCUCUUCUUCACUGUGAGGAACAUGGUCAAGUGCCCCAUCCAGUUUGGUCCAGUUUCCUUGAAAACAGACUAUGGUGAAUCCUUUUGGCUGACAUUAGUGACAGGGCUGCUGUGCCUGCUGCUGGGUUUGAGUGUCAUCAUCCUGAACUCUGUGGAGCCGGAGAAGCUGAAGCUCAUCUUUAACCUGGACAAGAGAAAGGGAGCAGAGGAGGUGUGGGACAAGCCCUGCCUGCUGACUGAGCCCAGCUGCUCUGUGCAGGACGUGCCGAUGGUCCCACCAGGAGAGCUCUUCGAGGUGACAGCCACCCAUCUGUGA